AUGAAGCUAAAUACUCCCGAAAUAGCUUGGCAUGGAAAGGAACCAGUGUUGAGCGUAGAUUUUUGCAAAGUUGGGUCAAAGUGGCGACUUGCUUCAGGAGGAGCAGACAAUGAUGUCAAGGUGGGCUACAGAUCUGUAAUCGAAAAUCUUAGAAAAUAACUUAAACUUGAACCUUAUUAUGUGUGUAUUUGAUGUAUCAUAUCCUUUGCUCCUUAUGUUCUAAUUUAUUCUUUUUCUUGUCGUUAGAUCUGGUCGAUUGCUUCAAAUGAUGAUCAGCAUUCGCAGAUCGAAUUUUUGGCCAAUUUGAGUCGCCAUACGAAGGCCGUCAACGCUGUAAGAUUUUCACCCAAAGGUAAUGAUGCUAGCUAUGAAAAGAAUAAAUAUAGCCUUCCAGCUUUGGGAUCCAGACAUCCCUAGCUACAUGUUUUUCAGUGGAUCUCAUCCCCAUCGAUCGUAAUGCAACAAAUUCAACUGCGAUUUUCAAGUCAAAAAUUAAGCUUAAUUAUAAUUAUUGUUCCCGCAUUUUUAUGACCCGUGCCCCAGCCUUUCUGGAGGCCACUGAAAGGUAAUAUUGAUGAUCGCGAUCAUAAGGUGUGGAAAAUUAAUGUAGGCUUGAUGAAGAGUUCUUCGUUCUACAUUUCAUUUACUUAAUUCCAAGCUGGCGGAAAAUGGGGAAGAAGGGGUGGUUUGGACUUUUGCCUGCUUCUAACAUCCUUUUUGUUGCACCCACAGAAGAGAUUCUUGCAUCUGCUGGUGAUGGUAAGUUAGUUCAUGAUUCUCAGAAACAUUGCUUUAUCUUCAAUAUUUUGCCAAUGUUUUGUAUGGUCUGUUUAUAUAAAAUGGGAAACUUUUGGACCACGAAAAUGCUAUAAAAGAAAAAGAUGAAAAUAUAGGAAAUAAAAGACUCGAGAAAAUCUAUAUUAGAUCAACCCUUGCAAGUCUCUUUUUAUUGACAAGAGACUGGGAAUAAGGUCACAGGGGUGGGUCGGGUACAUAGUCAUGUUUUUAUAAAUCUACCUUGCAAACUUUUUUAUUUCUGAUGGGGCCAUCCAUGUAUAAAAUGUGCGACCCGUUCAUCCAAACCCAUUAUAGCCCAUCAUAUCUCCACUGGUCAAUAAAAGGAAAGUACAUAUACCUCCCCCAACCCCACUGGCUGGAGUGCUCCACAUUUCUUUGCGUGCCAGGCUUAGGGACCUGUUCAUACAGAGUGAACCAGCCCAGUUAACAAGGCUGGCGCAGUUCAUGCCUCAUUUUCCCUUUGAAUUGUUGUUCUGUUUAUAUGGGAAGGUGGGAUGGUCUGCUUGUUGAGAUCUCGGCUCAGCUUGAGCAACUGGGAUCUCAGCAAGCAGGCCAGGCCAGCACACCUCAUAUGAACUGGCCUUUAGAGAAAUGUAGCCUUAAUAGACUUCAACUGUUUCUCUAAUGGAUUAACUUUUUAGACUCCCUGAUUAUUCUCUGGAAGUUCAACAGUUCUCCUGAUCAGAGUGGAAAUGACAUAUUUAUGGACACUGAAGGCAUUGAAAGCAAGGAAUCCUGGACUUUUUACAAGGCCCUAAGGUAAAAAUUUAAUAGCAAAAUUGUACAAACUCAGAGAUGUACCCAUAGAGUGCAUUUGAAACUAUAUUUAGAGUUGUCUUUUCCUGUAAACAAAGACAAGGAAAAUGACUAAAUGCAACUUGCAUUGACAGUAGGGAGCUAUUCAAAGUGGCUUCUAAUUUUAACAAACUGUCAGCAGGCGUAUUUUACAGAAUGCCGAAUGACGCAGAAGUUUUUGAUCAAUGUUAGGAAGCAGUGAAUCAAGUUCGCAUUUGAGUCAUUAAACCUGGCAAAUUGAACUGGAACUCUAUUCGUCGCUUAACCCUUUUCAUUGUGUUAGGCUGAGCGAUGCCAUAUCACUCAAGUAGAAGUAACAACACUGAUUUAUUUAUCUUGGUAAAUCACAUUUAUACACAUUAUUAUUAAGGCAUUUCUUAAGCGGAUCUAUGUAGCAAACCAAAAGAACAUUCUUGGCACAUAACACUCAAGCGAUAAUGAAAGCAGCGGAUUACACUGCAGUUUAUGUUAAGACUAUUAAACAUAAUGGUGAUUAGAUAAUUGUGAUAUCAGAGCACGUAUUCUGACACAAACUUAUAACAAGAAUUCCUGACAGUUUCCCUUUAAUGUAGGAAAGAAUGUUUUAAGAACAAAUCUCUUGUUUUAUUACUGUAAUACAGGGGUCACAUAGAGGAUGUUUAUGAUCUAUCCUGGUCUUCAGAUGGUACCAAUCUCAUAUCUGGAUCAAUAGACAACAGUGCGAUUAUCUGGGACAUCGUGAAAGGUAUAUAUGUAUAUUCCAUAAUUAUUAUGAUUCCACAGAGUAGUGCUGAGUUCAAUAAAAUUACUGUGGAGUGUGGAGGAGUUGGGGAGUAGAGGAAGCCACAUUUCCAGUGCUCUAAAAGUUGGAAGUAUAAAUUUAGUUUUAAAAGUUGCAAAAAAAACUUUUUAUGUUUUGGGCAUGCCUGACCACUAUUUUCAAAAAAAAGAUGCAAACAAAACUAGUGAAUUAUUAAGAAUAACUUAAUACAAAAUAAUAAAUAACUUUUUUGGUUUACUUUAUUUAAUAUAAUAAUUUGUUGAUUUUAUUCAGGGCAAAAACUUAUGAUCUUGAAGGAUCACAAACAUUAUGUACAGGGAGUUUGCUGGGAUCCACUCAGUCAGUUUGUGGUAACAAAUUCCAGUGACAGGUAAUUUGCUGUUAACCAUGUUAUACUUUUAUUAUUAACUUUCUAUUCCCCCCCCCCCCGUCCGUCCCCCAUUUUUGUUAUUCAGGAAACAAAAACCUUCAGAUAGGUUUUUUUAAUUUUGAAGGUUUUUAUUUUUUUGGGACUUUUUUAUUUUUUUUUCUAAUUAAAAAAAAUUUUUUCUUUUUUAUUAUAUUAUAUUUAAUUUUUUUUAUUUUUUUUGCUGUGAUCUACUCAUCUAGUAUUUGUUAACAAUUUCUAUUGAAAGUAAUUUUCCUUUUAACAAUUUUAUUCUUUUUUUAUUAACUUUUUAUUCCCCCCCCCCCGGCAGUUCCUUAUUUCUGUUAUUCAGGGAAAAAAAUCCUUUAAAUAGGUUUUUUUAAAUUAAAAAGUUUUUAAAUUUUGAGAACAUUUUAAUAUCAUAUACAUAAUAAAAGAAAUUUUCUCUUAUCAUGUAUAUAAUAUUUACUUUUUUGUAUAGUUUCUUAUUUUACAUUGUAUAUUUUUAUUUUAUUUCAUAUUUCAUAUAUCUCUAAUUAUAAUACAUUAUACGAAUAAAGGUAUUUGUUGUUUACCCAGUGGUGAGAUCUAAUCAGUGGCAGAUCGAGGGGAGGGGCCUGGGGGGUCUGGCCGCCCCCCCCCCCUCCUAAUUUUUAGACCAAACUGAGGCCCAAAGGGCCCUAAAAAAAACCGGGCCUCCUCCCUAUCUCAGGGUCUGGAUGAUGGGGCCCCCCUUAUCUGAAAGUCUGGAUCCACCACUGCUAAUAACCAUUUUAGUGCAAUUUGUGAUCCUACAUGCAUGUGUCAUGUAGUCUGAAAGAUAAGUGACUUUUUGAAACAGCUUUGUUUCCAUUGAAUUUCAAAGGGCCUGCAUAGAGUUUCAGCCUUUAUUAUUUUUGCAGAGUAAGGAAUGGAAGGAAAGAAAUGCUUUAAAAGCUUAUUGGCAGCAAAUGUUUCCAAGGACAUACAUUAAUAUAUUUUCUGUUUUGCAGGAGCUGUAGAUUGUACAAUCCAAAUUCUUAUCGCUGCUGUUAUAACAUUAAUAAGCUGAUCUUGAAUAACUCUCAAAAGGCAAUAGAAAUUGGAGAGGUAUGUUGUGUAUUAAUAAUUUGUUUCAUUAUUAUUUGAUAUACAAUACUUUUCAGUGGCAUACACUGUAUUUUGAAGAGUGCAGAAAAAUUACCAAAAGCUGAAUGACUCUGAAGUUUCAUGAUUUAUAGUAUAGGGUUAGGAAACUGGGUAUAUCAAGUUCCAGUUCAGUUCACCCUGUACAGUGACUCUAACUGGACGUAAGUCACUAAGCAGCCAUAAAUAAGGUGUUUGGCAAAAUACAGUUGAAUUUGCCACAUAUAAAUGUCCUUUCCAGGAUUUACAUUCCUUUAUUGUUGCAGUCUGUAGAAAACCUACUCUAUAAAUGCAUAUCCUUGACAAGGCAUUGUCUACAAUCUAUCCUGUCUGCAGCAUAUAAAAAGCAAACAUGCAUUGCGCUAAUACACAGCAAGUACUAUAAUAACUCCUUUGCUCUUUAUUUAGUCCAUCAAGCAAGGAAAAAUGUUUCAUGAUGAGACCAUGCCAUCCUUUUUUCGAAGACCAAGUUUUUCUCCAGAUGGCUCUUUGCUGUUAGUCCCAGGUAGGAAAUUAAAAGACACAAAGAACCAACAAAAAUAUUUGUAUGUUACUGAGGACACAUCAGUAACAGCCCACAAAUCCUACGCCAUUGUUAAAAAAUUUCAUACACCUUUUUUCAUUGUACCACAUUUGUGUGUAUGGAAUCUAAGUACUUACUUGUACAUUGUCAUUUUAUUACUUGUCUUGAUUGGCAGCUGGACGCAUUGACGUUGGCGACCAGGUGGUCAAUACAACUUAUGUCUUCACACGAGCAUCACCAAACAAGUGAGUUAAAAUUGUUUCACUGAAUUUAGCUGCCGUUUGUGUAGUCAACAAGACAACAAAAGGUAUAAAAUCAUGAGCCUCCAUACAAAAUGAUAUUAAUGGGUGUCUUAAAAUGCCAGGUAUAACAAACCAGAGGUCACAGGUCACCAUAAGUGAAGGUCACUGCUGUAUUGCAACCCUUCAAGUUGCGACCAUCUUGGUCACAAGGGCGCCUAAAAUUUUGGAGCUGGCAACUUGAUUUCUAAAAAAGUCUCCCUAAACCAAAAGAGUUAGUUGCCAAUUGGCGACCAAGCAAAAACUUUAACUUGGAGGGUUGUAUUGAUAAAUAUAACUGAAAUAAGUACCUUCCCCUUAAGCUAAAACUCUAUUUCAGGUGGUGAUUAGAGCUAGGAGACACUUUCAGUUAGUUUAUUUACCAUAGUACAGUGACUUUUACUCUAACUUGCACCUGUGACCUUUGACCUGCAUUUUUACCUGCCAGUCUUGAAAUCUAAGACCUAAGUCCCCGAAAGUUAAGACCUGAAUAUACCUGUGUUGUUGUAGGGAGGUGUUGUUUCCAGGUAGUUUGAAUGAGAGAGACUUAGUUUCAAAGUCUUAGUUAAGUUUUCAGGGUCUUAGAUGUCGAGGUAUUUAUAAUUUUCCAGGUUAUUUGAUUGGGUUAGAGUGGUUACAUCAGGUGUAGACAACGCUAGAAAUGUUAAGACAUGUCACAGUCAAUUCCCUAGUUUCAUUUAAAAGUGUUCAUUUAUUUUUAUUUUAUUCUAGUAGGUCAAUUUUAGCACUUUUGGUUUUAAGGUGUUAGUUUUUUACGGUCACAGGUCUUAGUUUUCCAUACAACUCCAUGAGAAAAAUUAAUCUACUUCAGCUUAUUUUCAGGUGUUAUUAAAGGCAUGAUGAAAAUUAUCACUACAGUAGUAUCUUAACUUCUUGCACUCUUCACAGGAAACAUUGGACAAAUCCCAACUUGGGUCAAACUUGGUUCUAACUUGGGAAAUAAUAAUUCCCAACUUUUAAAGUUGGGUUAUUCUUGGGGCAAAGUUGGGUUUUACUUUAAGAGUUAAAUGCUCCACUUGUAAUUCCCAAUAUAUGUUUCCCAAAUAAGACCCAAAAUUAGCUUCUUCAGCUUAUUACAUUGGGGAUAACUUGGGUUUACAUAAAUUAAUUUGCACCUUCUUUGGGGCUAUUUCAAGCAAACACAUUUUUUAUGGGUCAAAAUUGGGACAUGCUCACCCCAACAUUAACUGUUUUGGGGUGUAAUCGGUUAUUCUUGGGCCAAAGUUGGGUAUAUUUUGAGAGUAAAUUUCAUUUCUUGUAAUUACCAAUGUAUGUUUCCCAAAGUAGUCCCAAAAUUUGCUACUUCAGCUGAUAGCAGUGGGGAUAACUUGGGUUCAUAAAAAUUAAGUCACACCUACUUUGGGACUAUUUCAUGCAAACACAUUUUUUGUGGGUGAAAUUGGGACAUGCUCACCUCAGCAUUAACUGUUUUGUGGUGUGCGGUAAUUUUUGUAAUUUGUGUUAAAGAAAAGGAAGACAGAAAAAGAAGAUGCACAAAAAUAACAAAAAUUCAUGUUGAGUGGGAUAAACUCUUCUUACUUACUCUAAAAGUAGGUCCGUUUAAAUUAAGAACUAGUCACUUCAAUCAAAGAACAACAUCCUUGUUUUAAGAAGGAAAAAUAUUGAUUUACAAACGUUUUUAAGAGGCCGAAAAUGGUUUUAAGACAAAGCUUGAAUUAAGUAAAAGGAUCUUGUUUUAAGACAGCAUUUCUUCUUUUUAUUUUUGUUACAAGGGCUGGAGUUUUGUAAUCUUCUUAUAUCAAAAACAUUUUUUGUCUUACACUGUAAAUAAGUCGCUUAAUUUUCUUCUCUAGUCUUGCAACAGAAAAAUUUGUACCUAAAAAUUUUGCAAACCUAAGCUUGAACACAGCUAUGUUCAAAGCUACUUCUUACUGAAAAAGUCCUGGGGAGAACCCGUUGAAAAAUGAAAUUUGAUUUUAAAAUAACAACUGGGCAACGAUUUUAUACUUUUAGGCAUUUGAAACACAGAGGUUGUAAAAUUAUCAACAAAUUUUGAAAAAGGUUCAGUUAAAAGUAUAUCUAAGAAUAAUAAAAUUAAUGGGCCAAUCACAAAGCAGUAAUUCAGCAUAAGCUGACCUCUCGGGAAACAGGCAAUUAAAAUGCCUUUCUCUGAUUGGUGUAUUUCGAUCCUCUGCAAUCGAACACCUUUGAAUUUUUUCAUAGUACGCAGUGUUCAGCCAAAACGUUUUUGCCAUUUUGAAUUUUUGUCUUGAGGGUUUUUUUUACAGCAGAUGUACUUGCUAUUUUUCCCCUUGCCUUUUGAGAGUUUUGAGAACUUGAAGCAAUGAAUUGUGAACAUUUUUGAAGCGAUUUUCUGGAAACUUUUGGAUUUUGGAUUUUGAAAAACAUGUUUACGUGCGGACUACUAAUUCCAUUACGGCGAUUGUCACGGAAUGGAUUUUUUACGGAUUGCCUUUAUUCACGGGAUUUGACUUUUGGAUUUGACUUACACAAGAUUACUGGAUUCUGUUAAGUACGAAUCAGGAACUUUUAUUGCGGAUUUUGUUUCAAGUUUUGUCAUCAAAGGCCCGCUGGAUGGAAUCUAUUUAAGGAACAACGCAGGACUGUGCGUGGGAACUUUGUGUGAACACCUUAAGGCUUCUUGUGAGGAAUUUGUUUUCGGGGAUCAAGGACUUUGCAAGUGGAUUUUAUUGGCAAGUAAUUCAGGAACAUUGUACAGUUUUUGUGAAUGAUUGAUGUAACGAAAAUGGAAUUGUAUGUAAAUUUACACUGUUAAAAAUACCACAUUACGCAUUGUAAGUGUUUCCAGUUUAUGUAAAUAAAAGAAUGACAUUUUCAUAUCAAAAUCAGUUUGGUGAUUUAGUUAGAUGUGACAACUAAAUAAAUUAUUGCUGUUUAACCCUGUCCUUUAGGAAGAACUUGAACAGCGCUUGGAACAAGGAAUAAAAGAUGGGAUCAGUUUGACCCAAUUGUGGGACCAUAUGAGGCUAAAAGGUCCUUGUUAUUUUUCCCAAUUCUGACCCUAUUUGGGACCACUUGGAUAUGACUUUGGGACAAACCUGGGUUCAAAUAAACUCUACUAUGGGACUAAAUGUGGUUUAACUUGGGGUAAAUAUAUCCCAAAUUAGACCCUAUAUUUGGGUCAAAUAUGGGUCUAUAUUGUUGAUUUAACAAUUCCCUAUUUCAGCACAGGUUGGGAAUAACUUGGGAGUUGUUCCCAUUUCCCAACUUGAGGUAUUACUUUGGGAAAUAAACAGUUCCCAAGUUUAAUUCCAUACUAGACCCAAGUUAGGCCCAAGUUAGAACCAAAAUAACCCCAAUUUCAAGAUAUUGGGAAUUCUCUUAUUUUUCCUGUGCUUGAUUUUUUUUAACCUCCUGAUAAUUCAAGCCAAAACUGACAUCCAACUCCAGUGAUAAAACUUUUAAUUUACACCUGUAUCACCCCUACUUUUAAACCUCCCAUUGAUAUAAACCAAUUUCCUUUUCCCAGGAGGUUUAACAGACCAUGAUUCCCCUAUAUUUCUGAAAUUUGUUUUGCAGACCAGUGCUCUACCUUCCCAGUCCCCAGAAGGCUUCUGUAGCAGUGCGCUUUUGUCCCAUCCUGUUCAAACUUAGACAAGAGCAAGGUACAUAUUAUGUUGGAGCUGUUGUCUUUAAAUUCUAUUAAGGUCUGUUGGCAAAUUUGUAACAUUUACAAUUUUCUUCAGGUAGCUUUCUAUUACCAUUAUUUCUGCUAAUAAUAUUAAAUAAUAUUAAGGGAAAGAGGCUGAGAAUGUGCAUUAUAUUAUAUGUUUACACUAGAGAUAAAAUGAAGCGGAAAAUCUCACAAAUUGUGGAACAAAUCAAUUCAGCUCAGCUCAGUGGCUGUACGUGUAGGUAGCCAUUGCUUUGUUUCCUUAUUAGGCAAGAAACCUUUCUAAUCAGGAACUUCAUCUGCCUAAUUCACCCUGGUAUAUAAAUAUGGGCACCAGCUACACACUGCCAGAGGUAACCUUGCGAUGGUCAGGCACCAAGGGGGGUAGAAACAAAAUUCUAUAUAGGGUGUACAUGUGAGCCUCUGGGCUUACAGAUGUAUGUGUACAUGUCCCUUUACAUUUAUGUAUAUUUAUGUACACAACGCAUACAUUAUAACAUAAGUGGUAACUUUGCUUAUUUCUUUCCUCAAGUAGCAGCUACUCCUGUCAAGAGUCUGUUCAAGUAAGCUAGUUUCUUGUCUUAUUACCUUUAACUCUAAUAAUUACAGGUGUGAAUGGGUCAACAUUAAUUAUUAAUGUUGGCCCAUUCACACCUCAGCUCAGACCAAACCAAACAACUUGUAAGGAACCACAUCCCUUGUGCACCUUGUAACAUCAUCAGUUUCAAUAAAGUCAAAUCGCCCAUAAGUUACCACCCAAAAUGCAAAGGCUUGGUGGUCGCUUACUGGAGGUGGUCGUUUAUGAGAGGUUCCAGGAUAAGACUUUGACUGAGAACAUUUUUGCUGUUUUCGGAAGGCAGUUGCCUACGGGAGGUUUGAAAGUACUCAAAGAUGCCCAACUUCAAAGGAAAAGAUCUUCUGCUGUGCAUAUACCCCAAAUGACAGAUUGUGUGUGAUCUAGUCAAACAGGCCAGAGGCUAGACCAGUGCAAAAGAUGAUGGACCCUAUCUAACUUUGACUGGAACAUUCUCAUGAAAUAAUCAUCAACCCGCUUAAUCUUCACCAGUUUACCUCCUGUUAUUAACCAUGCACAGCUACAUGCCUUGCACCCUGAGGUUUUAUCUUUUAGUUUGAGGAUUAUUUCGGAGGUUUAGGGUAGUGGCCUCAUGGGGGAUAAGAUUAGCAAUAUGGUAAUAAUCUGUCAUUACUUGAACAAAUUCCAACUUCAUUUCAUUCCUUAAAUCCUACUGUGUAAGAAAAAUAAGAAAACAUACUUGGACAGGGUGCAAAGAGAGUCAUUUUUACAGCUUGCCAGUUGGGCAAGCUGAAGCUAGCAUUUACUAGCCCAAACAUCAUUUCAACUAGCCCCAGAAACUUUUUGAUAAGCAGAAUUGAUUUCACAGUCCUUCUGUGAAAAAAUUUACCUGCCCUUUGGGCAAGUCAAGAACAGAAUUCACUAGCCUGAUAACAAAAACAACUAGUCCCGCGCUAUCGGACACUACUUUCUUUGCACACUGCUUGGGUAUCAUCUGUACACACCAUUUUUGCUGUAAUUGCUAAUGUACUGAACUGACAGGAAAUAAAACAUUAUUGCAGAUUGCCAUACCGCAUGGUGUUUGCAGUGGCAACGUUGGAUUCAGUCCUGUUGUAUGACACUCAACAAACAGCUCCAUUUGGUUUUGUUGGAAGCAUUCAUUAUGCAGCACUCACAGAUGUUACUUGGUACAGUAAUUAACUGAUAACUCACUCUCAAUGGUUUAAUAAGAAGCACAUACUAGCCUCCGUAACAAGCGUCCCCCUCCCCCGUCAUUCCUUUUUUUUUGCUCUCGUCCCAACUUUCUCGACGAACUUGUGAGGAAACGCUUGCUAUGCAGGCUAAGCACAUACAAGUGUGCAGAAACAUCUGCUUCUAAUCAAAUUAUCGCCUUGGUUGUCUUGAUUUUCACCUGACUGGAACAAUAUGAUAAUAAUUAAAAUAUUGUCUCUAUUAUCAUGACAUUUCAACAAUUUAGUUCUGGUCUUCUUCAAGCUUUAGUGACAAUUUUAUGAGAGGCAUUUUUAGUAACACGUGCUUGUCAUUGCUGUUGAUUACAAACCACACAUAUCUGGGCUUCCAGGCAGCUCAUUUGUCUUGCCAGACAAUUUUCACAUCAAAGAUUACAAUAUCAUAUGGUAUUUAUCUGAUGAUGAUGAUUUAUUGUAACAAAAUUAAUGUUUACUAGAAUGGCCCUAAAUGACCACUGAAACUCACAGCUUAAAAGAGUUAUGCUUUCUUCAAGUAAGUUGCUAAAACCUCUACCCCUGUGUAAGUGUUAGGUUUUAUUCCCACUCAGAGUUCAGGGUUUUUUUUGUCCAUACUGAGAUGAAGGGGAUUUGCAUAACAUAUUUUUUUAUGUCCUGUUGUAUUUAGGUCCAGUGAUGGAAGCACACUUGUUGUGUCCUCCUCUGAUGGAUACUGUUCUAUUGUUCAAUUCAAUGAAGGAGAGCUUGGCGAACCUUACGACCUGUCAAUCAAACAAGUGUUGGAUAGAAGCAACUCACCACUGAUGCUAAAUGGUGAUAGUUCAGGUUGGUGUCCCUGUUGGUUGAUAUUCAACUAGUAUGUACAUGCAGGGUCAUGGGCUCCUGGUACAUGUAGAUGGGUUAGGGAGUGUGGUGGCUGGGCAGGACAAGGUCACCUUAAGGUGAUGUUACACGGGACGAUUUGCAAUGAAGAUUUUUAGCGCAAAACAGCACUACAACAUUGUUGCGACUUUGUUUCGAAUGAUUGCAACAUUGUUCCAACAUUGCCACGCUAUGCUGCGCUCAAAAUCGUCGUUGCGAAUCGUCACGUGUAAGAUCACCUUGAGACAAGAAAUUAUACUCCCAUUUUUAUCUCACUAACCAAGUAUUUUUCCUCUCUCCGCCCCAAUCUCUCCUUUUUUUACUUCUCUGAUUCAUCAAACUAUCUUUGCAUGAGGACCUUAAGCAAAGAUGAUGGCGAUGGCAACGAGAGUGGUUAAAAAGGAAUAGGUUUAGAUUGGCAAAACAAAAAUCUACGCGAGCGUCAUGCUUUUUCGUACAUUUCUUUGCCGUCACUGCACGACUACGACGUGAAACUUCCUAAUUUCAGGUUUUUUUGAGGACGUGAACACUUAGAUACAGUCCUUUAGAAUGCAACUCCAGAAAAACUCGCCAACAUUUGACAACUUUAAAGAGUUGCAAUAAGAGCGAUGAAGUUCAAAUAGCGCGAAUUCCGCACUUUUUGGGUGAAGUUUUGGCUGCCGUUUUUCGCGAUUUCAAUAAGCAAAUGUGAAAAAGGGCAUUAUUGAAUUUCGCGAUUCAAGCGUUCUCAACUUCGUUAUAUUUCUCAAAUAGUCAGAACUUUUUCAAAUUUCCAGAAAAACUGGAACAAGCGCUGAAACUAUAUUUUAAAAGUACCUUUUAAGAAUGUUAUUGUUACUCCACAACAGAAGAUACAAAAUGGAACUUACCACCAAAACCAGUUAACAAUUCAUCUGUGUAUUAGUCGACACAUCUCCUGUAUACCCUAAAAUUCCGAAAGUAAGCCCCUCCAUGUAUAAGCCCCUCCAAAUAUAAGCCCCCCAAAAUCGUAACGAAAAAACCCUCCGUUAAAUCGCCCCUCCGAAUAUAAGCCGCAAGGGGGGCUUUCCCUGUGGUCUGCAUUUUCUUUAUGGGUAUUAAAAUUUUGCGUGUUUAAAUGUCGCGAAGACUUCUAUUCACGGUUGUUUAAUUUGGUGAUUUUUCUUACAAUCGCGAAAAAACACGAGACUUAAAAAAUAACUACAAGUAAGGUAAAUUUUUGCUGUGUGUGAGCAAAAAUCAUUGUAACUAAGGCCUAGGCCAAACAUCGAACUUUUCAUCAUGAGACGAACCAAACUUAGUAAGUUAAGUUCAUGAAAAAGUUCGACGUCUGGCUCAGUUAAAUUCGUCUGAAUGAGUUUGGAUCGUCGAAAACAUUUUCUAUCCGUCUGAAGCAGAUAGAUCAAAACGCCUGACGAUCCUCUCCGCGACAAACCAUUUCAUGAGACGAACUGAACUAAUAACUUAAACAUUUUUACGAUAACGUAUAUUUAACGCCGUUCGGGAGAAAAUUUAUUACUGAUCUGAUUCAGUUGAUUGGUUCAACGCGUUCUAAGUUCGACGUCUGACCCAACAGAGCAAGAAAAAUUAUUUACGGCUCUGCUGCAACGGCAAUCCCAUAACUUGGCUUAAUCAAGAGUGUAUUCACAUGCAUUGCUUAACACUUUGUUCAAUUGCUUUACAGGCAAAAUGGGCAAUAAACAGACAUCAGCCCUUAUAGAUAAAUGUAACGCUGAGGAAAAGGUGGAUAAAUCUUCUCAACCCACUCACAAGAAAGAUCCAGCUGGCAGGAUUGAAAUGUUUGCGGUCCCAAUGAAAAUCACACCAACCAAGCCGCUUACUAAAGCGACACCCAAAAGGAUUACCUUGACACCAGUUCCUGUAGUUUCCAAUCCAGCUAAUCAGGUCACUGUACAGCAAGUUACAAGUACAGCCCCAAACACUGCUAAAAAUACAGCAUUUAUGCCAGCUCAGAAACAAGUUAACGUGGGCAGUUCUCCAGUGAAUGCAAUGGGGAAUCAGAUCACACCGAGACGUGUUCCCCUUAUGCCAGCCAGUAACAGUCAGCCUAAGAAGAAUAAUACAUGUGGGCAGGUUACUCCAAGACGGGUGCCUCUUAUACCUGUGGACACUGCCACACCCAGCACAAGUUCACCUUCCGCUCAUGGACUCAAACAGGGACAAAAUACUUCAGACAGCAAAGAUUCUGCGCGUAGUGUUCCCCAAGUCUCAACGUCGUCUUCAGGUGAUUCUGGAGCAGAAAACAAAAGCAUUCAGCGUCAAACCUCAUCUGGCAAUGCACCGAGGAGGAUAAAAUUAACAACGCUGUCCACCUUUGUUGACGGAUUAACCCCUCCAAGGAAGUCAUCAGAAGUCAAUCCAAAGUCCAGUGAAACAGUAGGGUUCAUUAGCAAAGAAGCAGAACCAGAGUGUGCCCCCAAAUCUACACCUGACUCGACCAUCAACAGCUCUCAGCCGAGAAGGAUAGCACUGACUUCUGUUCCUCUAGAAGACAAAGCAAAGUUGUCCAGCUUGAAGAAAUCUGAAACAUCUGCUGCAGAUAAGGAAAACCACACAAGUAAUCAGGUUCCAAGUAACAAACCGCUUCAACCAAGAAGAGUGGAAUUUACGACUCUCACAUCUCCCGCAAACAAGAAGAGUACGGUGGAAGUUUUACCAAACAGCUCUAAAACAUCUCCGCGGCAAGACGCGCCAAGACGGCAUAUACCACUAGAACCCACAAUAAUUGUCUUGGACGAUAACAACUGA